UUAAACUUUUUCAACAAAAAGAGCAAGAAAAACACGGUGGCGUUUUCUUCAUAUGAACACAGCAUUAGCGACGAAACAAGACCCUAACAUGACGGAAAACACACUUAACGGCGUCGGUAACCGACGCACACGAUCUCAAGCAGCUCCGGAAUGGACGGUAACGGAAUCACUCAUUCUCGUCAACGAAAUCGCCACGGUGGAAGCCGACUGGUCCGUUCAGCUCUCGUCUUACCAGCAAUGGGAAAUCAUAUCGGAAAACUGCGCCGUCAUGGAUGUCGAUCGAAGCUUGGCUCAGUGCCGGAGGAAGUGGCAGUCGCUGUUGGCUGAGUAUGACGAUUUCAGAAAAAGACAAAAGUCGACAAAUUUGGAUCCUGAGUUGUUUGGUGCUAUUGAAAGAGUUGUUAAGGGGAGAGAAGAACGAGGUGAAAUUGAUCAUGAGAGUGAUCCUGAAAUGGUGAAUGAAGAGGAUUUUGAUGCUAGUGUUGAAAUUGAAACUGGGCCCAGAAGAAAAAGACGACGAGGUAAAUCUGAGAAACACUGGGUUCAUAAGCGAAAGGAAAGCCAUGAUGAAGAGCCUGAGAAUAAUCAUUUAGAAGUAGAGUAUUUGAAAGACUUCCUAGGAAAGAAAUCUAAGUUGAAACGUACUGCAAAAAGGCGACCAAAGCUCAUAGAGUCGUCUCCAUUGAAGAACCUAACCGAAUUAGACGAAAACCAUGAUAUUGAAAAGUCAAAGCCAGAGAAGAGUGUAGGAAACAUAACAAAUAACCGUAGGGAAGAAAAUGAAGAAAUUUUGACUCUGAAAUUACAAGAAUUGGCGAUAGAGAUUCGAGAGAUUAGUGCUGAAUCAGCUGACUGCAAGGAAGCUAACUCUGAGAAUAUAGAAGAUUAUCAUACGGAAUUUACCAGACGCCAAGGGGACAAGCUCAUAGCAAGGCUGGGAAAUUUCUCCAACACCCUUAAGCAGCUAUGUGAUCUUCUCCAAGAGUGUAAAUGAAGAUUAACUUUUUUUCGAUUGAUGAUUAUUUUUGUCAUUGUUAGUGAAUGAAUGCAGCAGGAGAAUGCUGUUUAUAAUUGUGAUCACUUGUUAGAGAAAAAGAAGAUUAGACUGUACUCAAAUUUAAUUGUAAUUUUGAUGUUAGAAUCUAACCUCUUCAAAAAGAAUAAAGGGUCACUGCAAAAAUUAUUUGUUGCUUCUGUUAUUAAGUGGAUUUAAGUGUUUACUGAAUCAUGGUUUAAAGAUUUGAUUUUCAGCAGUUAAAACAUUAAAAAAACAUUAUUCUGAAAACGACUUCACUGGGGAUCGAACCCAGAAUCUCUGGUUCCGUAGACCAGCGCCUUAUCCAUUGGGCCAUGAAGUCCUGUUGUUUUCGAUUUACUCUGCUGUAAAUUUGAUUGUAAAAUGUUUCAAUAUAUUAAAUUUAUAUUCCACUGUAAAUGAAUGGUAUAGCAUAAAUAACUUUUGUUUUAAUUUGUUAUUCAGUCAAUAUUAUUAAAUUGUUUUGUUGACACACUUUUCUGCCA